AAAUCGACCUGGUGUGCCUAAUCACUACUUGCACAAAUACCGGCCUUUCACAGAACCCGGUUAUACGGACAUACACAGAUCGGGAAGCCAAGACAAUUCAAAUAUAUUUGAUAUUCCCUUUUACUUCUCGCCUCCACGAGAAUACCAAGCCUCUGCCGCCGCCGAUCCGUCCAUGAUAAAGACGAUCCGAUCUGAAUUCUGUCCGUCCAGUUGGCUUAUUCACAUACCAAACGUGGUGUGUCUCGACCACGGCGACCCGGCCCUUUUUCCCAGCACACAUUUGCAGCCCUCCCAAUCAGUCAACAUCCGGGGGACAGGGCGAAUUGUUCCCCCCGAGCAAUAUUCGGCACUGCUUUGCUACAGGUCUUGUUGACGCGUAAGCCUCAAUAUGACAAAGGUACAGAAAGCAGACCCAGGCCUACCGUCUAGGUCUGAUACCUUCUUACGAAUGUUAGAGCUGGAGAAAAUGUACAAGAUGCAACGCAUCCAAGGUCAUACCCCCGCGACGAUCUCGCCAAGUACAAGUCAUCCCUCCGCUCAGGCAAACAAUCCCCUUAAGGCUCGGCGUGCGAGCGGACACCCUCCGCUUUCGCACCAAACCCAGAUAAUGAAAGCCGUGCGGAGGAGUUCUGCCCUACCAUCGCUUUCAAUAUCUAUACCCCCCGCACCAGCCGACGACCCUAUACUGGGAUCGGAUGGGCCGCCUGGGGAGCCCCUACCAAAAAGGGAGGAACGCACUAAAACAGUGACAUUUUCGGGCCCUGAAGAGGAAGAGGAAGAUAACGCUAAUUCCUCAGACCAAUCUUCCAUAUGUCAAUCACCUAGUUGGGAGCAGUACAGCCGGAAGAAGAAGAAGAAGCCCAAAAAGCGAGACGUAGAGCAAAGCAAGAAUCGCAGCGAGGAGAAAGUCGGGAAUGGUCUCAAGAAAAAAGGAAAUAAGUUGAGCAAAGUACAGCCGCCGAAUUCCGAGAUUAUCCAGCCUUUGUCAACGACGAAUCGUUCGCAAUCAGCCCCCGAGCUAGAUUUGCAUCUCAAAUCUCGCCCAACUCUGCCGAGUACAAUGGCCAACCCGAAGCUCGAUGGCAAAUCAAAAAGCAAAGGAUUUUUAUCGGGCUUCAGACUGCAGCAUGGGAAUGUUUCUGCUGUACAGAAACUAAUCGAUAGCCAAAGGAUAAGCAGUGAUGGAAGCCAGCCAGAAGCGUCACCGACGCUCAAUCCUCACGUAGUUGUCUCUGACCUAGACCCAAGCUUCGCCAAUUCUCGAAAACCACCUUCGAUUAGGUCGGCCCUUUCGAAUUCGACUCGAUCUAUCUCUUCAAUAGACCAACUACCACCCUCCGCUCGACAUUCAGCUAACUCGAGCCACGGACGUUCCCAAUCAUUACUUACUUCUACACUAAACAAGUUAAAGGGGCCGUCAUAUCUUUACUACCGCCCGACUGAAGUCACUGACAACGCCAAAUCUCAACGCCCUAGUAGCUCCCACGAAUCAGGCAUUGCGUCUAACUGGUCGAACGAUCCGCCAACGAACCCGAAUACAGAGCAGCAGCGAAUUCGUCCCAAAGAACGAGUCAAGGAGCUGCCAAUGACAUCCACUGAGCAGGCACAACAGUUACCUGACUUUACGUUUCCAUCCAAAUCGAAGCGAACCAACACUCAACCUGUGCCUGAUUCCGUCGCCCAUGGUGUUCGCGGCCAAGCCCAUGGAGCAGAAUCGAAAGAACUGAGCAGUGGCCAUGAGUCACCGGAGCCUACAUCGUUCAGGACUCGACGUGCUCAAAUACCACAAACGCAUGCGCCUGGUCGAGAUUCGUCAAUAGAAAAGGAAAAACGACCUCGAUCGGAACGAGCCUCCCGAGUCACAAGACAGCAACUCGGAUCUCCGAAGGAUGUGGACCAUCUUCCACCGCAACCUUUACGAUCUAGUAGGGACCCUGAGCGCUAUAAUCAUAUAGGCCGUCAGGGUAAGGGUUACGUGCAGACUCGUAUGGAAAUCCAGACAGAACCCAAACAAGAUACUGAAGGAACAGCAUCUACUCGGCGAGAAUCUUUCCGCCCAAACAAACAGCGCCCCGAACAACUGGAGAUAAAUUGCGAUAGAGGUGAAGAAGGCGGGCGAGAAUCUGUUGGUACUCAUACAUCAGCCAUUCAGCCCCAUUCUCGGAGAAACGCACAUAGCUCUCCUGAGAUGAACGGAGCAAAACAUGUGACUUUCCCGUCCAGUUCAAACGCUAUUGGAAGAGCUGUUACCUCUGAUGCAGUUCCCGAGGAAGUAAACGAACUAAUUUUGCAGUCAACGAAGCCCCAGAAAUCAAAUGAAGUAGAGGACGUCAUUCCUGUGAGAAGAUCACAACGACCAGAGAGAUCCGGUGAUUAUUUCACCUUUAUCAGCCAGUCCUAUGCUCCUCCAUCUCUAGAACUGCGUUCACCCUCAGAGGGUAAAUUUCCGUCUCCCAGGAUUGACGAGGAGCCCGAAGCGGAGAACCAUUUAGAUCAUAUUUUGAAGCAUAUGCCACUUAGAAAUCAGGUUUAUGAAAACACUACGCCGUUCAAGACUGCACAGCAAACUACAGGACCAGCCACAGACACCACAAACAAAUCUGCAAGGUCAUCUCUACCAAAGGAUUUGUCGUCUGCGCCCACUCAUUAUUCCGACAGCGAUAUUUCUGCUUUCGAACGCCUAGGCCUUUCACCAAAGGCCGCAAGAGUCCUCGCGGGGGUUGAAAUAUUGAGCACGUCCCCCUCUCAGUCCAACACUGACCCGAGCCGGACAAACUCAGAACGAUCCUCGUCCUCCACCUACGAUGAUACUCCUCCGUCACCAUCUACUGCGCCAACCUCGGAUAGCUCUCGUCUACAACAAGUCAAGCAACCCGUAGUUCUUCCCAAGGGUACCACGGCAAACCCGACGGUGAUAUCAAGCGUGAAUCACGACGAGACCACACCACGAGGAUCUUAUCGUCCACCAGCUGUGGAAUUAUCAACGGAACAUGGCUUACGACAUGCUGGUAUGGACACAAAUGACCAGGAUGAUAGUUGGAGUCGCACAGCAUUGCCGAUAGAACUAGAAAAUCAUACCGAUGGCAUGUCUAAUAAAUCUGACCGUUCAACCUCAAGUCCGCCACUAGUGGCAACCCCGUCUUCAGCGACCUUUCCAGACGAUGUCAAGGAGAACUUCCGGGACGAUGAAGCCAUGAACAAAAGCCGCUACCGACAAUCCACACCACUUCGGGCCCAGUCAGCUCUUGAACUUCACUCGCCAAGUUUCUUGCCAGACAAUAAACAUCAACCAUUAAACCCGAAGAAAGUGAAGGAGGGGCUAUCAUCCAUCAGUCUCCCAAAUACCCCACCAGAAAUCACUGAUGGGGCUCCUAGAAGAUCUGCGAUGAGAACGUCUCGCAAGAGUGUCUCUAAUGGCGACGAGUCCUCCGCCCUAGUUUCCCCAGGUGCCGCGUAUCUUCAAGAAGCUCGAAAAACGGCACCUAUCCCAUCUGGUGCUGCACCACGGGCUGUACGGCCUCCCUUCUCACAUAAGAACUCCUCAAACGGUGUUAGAGGGGUUACCGCAGAUGGCCGAUCAGAACCCCUAGCCAAGAUGCUAGUAGAGUGCUGUAACUGCAAAUUUUUCCACGACAUGCCUUCCAGAGUGUACGAGUGUAUGGCGAAGCCCGACUCACUCGUGGAGGACAAACUGUUGGGUGUCUCAGCCACUAUCACCACGAUGGUAAAGUGCCCGUGGUGUGCCCACGGCAUGACUACCCAAUGUUGUUCUGGUUAUGCGGCGGUAGUUUACCUGAAGGAAAAGCUACAUGGUAAAUGAUAACGUUAUACAUACUGUUUGUUACGGCCCCGAUUAUUUUAUCAGUUCAUGAUGAGGUCGAGUUAUCCGGAAAGCAAACGUCUACAUACUUUCUUGUUCUUUUCAUUUUCAUUUGUGAUGAACGCACUACUUACCGAGGUACAGACCUAGGUAUGCAUUCGCACUAUAGCUGCCUUUUGCAUAUUUCUUUAGUUUGCGCAUUAUCCAUCACCAUCUUGCGCAUUUUAUUUUUGUUGUCGCAUGAGCUGUAUCUUAGCUUC